AUGCCCCAUGGUGGAUGUGAUCAUGACGUGGUGAAUCCAAAAUUUCUCCCUCCUCCGGACUUUGCUGUUGUGUUACUGAAACGUGUCACCCACUCUGUUGUGUUGCCAGCGUCCUCCCUGGUGCCAGGUGACCAAGUUGCCUGUGCAGGAUACCCCCGUCGACUCUCAAGACACGAGUUAAAGAGCUGUGGUGAUCCUGGCUCUGUUGGUGAUCUCUCCAGAGUCAUCUGGGAGCCAGCGUGUUCCCAAAUUGGAGCAGAAAUUCAGAUAUUAAUUAACCCAGUGAACUUGCCUGAAAACCUGCUUCCUGGCACCCAGCUAAGUCGCGCCUAUGACAAAGAUGUGGCCGGAAAAGCAGAUGCCUACCGCUUUCUGAAUAAAACAAAGGACUUCGUCAUUGAUGCAGUUUCUGGAGUAAUCACGUCUACCAAAGUUUUUAAUUAUGAAACGGAUCCAAUAAGGUUCCUAUUUAUAGUGGACACUGGGGGACCCAGGAGGCGUGUUCUCACCAUUAAUAUCAUUGAUGUUCCCGAGCCCCCAGACUGCACAGCUGACCCCAAGUUCUCCUCAGGCACAGCUGUUUUGGAAAUCGAUGAGGACUACCCAUUAUUUCAGUCCAUUUACAGAGUGAUGACCACAGACGAGGAUCUGGCACAUGGAGACAGGCUGACGUACACAAUCGAGACUCAGUUAUCAGGGCCGAAGAUAGGAGCAAACUCUUUUGGAGUGGAUGCUGUAAAUGGCGUUGUCAGCUUGAAAGGAGAAGACACUUUGGACUUUGACAAAGGAUACCAUGUUUUCCAGCUUACACUGAGAGCAACGGACACCACAGGUCUGUUCUGCCAAGGCACAAUAAUUAUCAAGAUUAGAAACAUAAAUGAUGAAAGACCUCAAUUUGAACCAUUUCCUCUGGACUCCAUUAAUGUGACGGAAAAGAAAGCCGUUGGAGAAAUUGUAGCAAGAGUAAAGGCGAUAGAUCCAGACGAAGACACCAGCAUCACUUACGCCUUUAAAACUCAGCAGGAGAUGUUUGGCUUGGACCCUUCUACAGGAAUAAUCACACUUCUCCAGCCUUUGCAUCUGGACAACCGCAAAGCCUACUCUCUGGACAUGGAGGCCAGAGACAGCGGGAAUAAUACCGGUGCUUAUACGCUCACUGUGUGGGUGGGGCGGGAGGAAGAAGCCAUCGCCUGCGACCCGAACUUUGAAACAGGUACAGGUGUUUCCCUGUCCGUUCCUGAAAAUGUCCCUGCAUCAGCCUUUAUAUAUAUGGUUCUUUCAAGAGACCCAGAUCCAGGGCAAGAAGUUGAACAUUUCCAGUUCGUGAUCGCCAUGCGGAGCCGCGGGAGAGGCCCGGCGGAGUCCUGCGUGGGCACCGUCACCCUGCACAUCCAGGACGUCAACGACGAGAGCCCGCUCCUCACAUACUCGCCUGAUGCUCCUCUGUAUGUUCAUGAAAACGUGCCGCUUGGCACAAAGCUGACGACGCUGACGGCCACGGACAGAGAUGCAGAUGACUCGGUGCGCUAUGAGUUUGUAGAGACACACAAAGAAUUUUUCAUAAAUGAAGAUUCAGGAGAGGUAACAGUGGCCUAUCCUUUGGACUAUGAAGAUGUAGGCAUCCCAAAGUCUUGGGUCUUAUGUGUCAGAGUGUAUGACAACCAACGGGCACAUUCAACAACUGGGACACUCACGGUGAUUCUCCAGGAUGUGAAUGACAACUCGCCUCGGUGCUCUCGGGACAUUUACACAAUUGAGCUUGCUGAAAACACCCCAGUCGGAACUCUUCUCAUCUCUCUGGCCUGCACAGAUACAGAUGGAACUUCUCCCAAUAGCAACAUAACUUAUCAUUUGAUCGCGGACCCCUUUUCAAAUGAAACCUUCAGUCUCACAAACAAUGAGCUAAAAGUUGGACCUAAACACCUAGAUUCGGACAGUGCUGUUUUUGUAGGAAUGCACUUCAAAUAUACGCUGUUUGUGAAAGUGUCUGAUGAGGGAAGUCCUGCCCUUUCAACCAUCGUUACAGUCAUCGUAAGGGUGCCUCGCAUGAAUGAGCUGGAUCCGGUUGGAACUACCUCGGCGUUUACCUUCACUAUACCUGAGAAUAGUCCAGCUGACACACUCGUGGGGCAACUCACAUUUUCAGAUGCAGACUGGCCUUUUAACAGUCUCAAGUACACCAUUGUUGGAGGCCGUCUAGGAACGCCACCCAGAUUUUACAUGGAGCCAGACACAGGAAUGAUAAAGCUACUGGGUUCCCUGGACAGGGAAGCUGAGUCACAGUACAAGAUAGUUGUGAGAGUCACAGACGUGGGCAACGACGCUUACCCAGACCCCCUCAGACAGAGAAGUGCGACUGCUCAGGUGACGGUCAAUGUCCUGAAUGUGAACGAUGAACCUCCUACUUGUCAUCCACCACAUUUGGAAACUCGGAUUUAUUCCACAGUCAAAGGCCCUUUUAUUCAACUCAACUGUUCAGACAGAGACUCUCCACAGGGACAGCUCAGCUAUUCAAUUGUAGGAGGAAAUACACAUAAUCAUUUCACUCUUCAGAGACUGGGUGUUGAUCCUCCUUCACUGGCCACCAGGCAGCAUUUCCAGUAUGAUGGAUUCCAGGGAAUUCAAGCCCCUGUGACGGUCCAGUUACUUGUUGAAGUCACUGAUGAAUUAGGUGGGAGUAAAGCUCAUCAGCUGUCGGCCACUUCUACCAUCACUGUUCAUGUGGUUCCCUGGACCACACCACAUCCAACUUCAUCCACAAAGACAGCUUCAACCACAAUGACUACUUCUGUGGUAAGGAAGACCUUGUACUACUGGAGCCCGGAUAGCUGGUUUCCUGCCGUGCUGACCCUGACCGGAGCUCUUCUCCUGAUCUGUCUGUAUGCUCUGGCGUGGUGCCUCUUCAAAGAUGUGCCUGCCUGUUGGAGAUUAUUCCCUCAUGGUGACAAACAUCAGCGGAGUGUGGCUAGCCUCGCUGCCGAGGAGCCAGGGCUGGGACCACGCCAUGGAAAUUCACUGAGUAAGGACCCCAAGCUAAGCACAAAACUCAGCUUGCUGCCUGGAAGUCAUCAGUGACAGUGAUGUGAUACCUGUUCAGCAGUAAGACAGAGGAUGCCAAGAUGUUGGACAAUUAAGAAAAGGAAGUGAUCUGGAGAGAAGGCAUCUGAUUUGACCAGUUUGAAGUUCACCGUCUCUUCUGUCACUCGCGUUACUUGAAAAGGUCUCUUAAAACACAGCCUCUAACAUUAGAACAGUAGCAGCUUUCACAACGUAGCUGGAUAUUUUUGUGUAACCUCUCACACAACUGAAAAGUGUGAAUUUUACUGCUGCACUAUG